UGCGAGAUCCUUCGUUACGCAUGUAAGGGAAUUUGUAAUUAUUUUUGGUACGUUCGAAUUAUGCUGGUCGAUCAAGAAAAAAACCCUCCAAGUUUUUGGUUUGCUUGCAGUCUUAUCGCCGAGGAAAACCACAUGGGCGGCAUAGUUUCAACAAUGAAGCAAAAGGAAUGGCGAAUCGUACUCCUCCUAAGAAACCAGUUGCACCACGUGGCCCUAUGGCACCUGGCCUAGCACUGUUUUUUGGAUUUACUGGCUACAUUAUCUGGCAAAUGGUUGAGCUUAGAGGAAUCUCAAAAGCUGCGGAUAAGGAUAUGGAAUAUCGCAGAGAAAUCCAUCUGAGGAGCACCCGUAUUGGUGAAGGACAGAGAGAGUGUUAUCGCCGAGGAAAACCACUUGGACGUCGAGAUAUCUCUUCUUCGCCGCGGCCUAGUUUGCACAAUGGUGGUGUUGACGAGUCGGAAGUCAGUGUGAUUGAGAAUGUGUUUAACACCUCUCUCGCACUGGGUCUUGGAAUUGGUAUGGGUUAUCUGAUCAUGGGCUACAGUGAUUCAUCAGAAUAUGCUCGGGAAGUGGAAGAGGAGUGGGCGAGAAAGAAGCUGCUUCUAGAGGAGUUUGAAGCAAACUUGGAGCGCUGGCAAAAAAAAUAUGGAGUCAAACAAGAUGUUUAAUAUUUUUUGAACUUUGUUAUCAAAUACUAUGACUCUGUAAUCAUAAUUUAAAACCUUUUGUAAACCUUGAUUAUAUGUGAUGGUGUCUUUCAUUUAAG